AUGAGAACGUCGAGGCCACCCGCGACCGACGGCGGCAGCGCUUCCAGUCGCAGAACGCAGCCGGUGCGCCAGACGCGGGUCAACCCGCCACGCACCUCGUCGCUCAAUCGCGCCAACCCGCUGGCUGGCGCCCCCGCACCAGAGCAGCCCAUCAACAUCCUGCCGGGCGUUACGCACUUCGCAGAUGCCAUUACAGCCCUUCCGAAGGAACUGGUCCGACAUUUCACCCUGCUCAAGGAGGUCGACGCUAAGAUUUUCGCUCCCGAGGCCGCCCUGUUCCAGCUCCUCCACGACGCCCUCAACACCCCCGCUCCAGACUUCACCAGGACGCUCAACGGUGCAUCGAGUAGUGCCACGUCGGUAUCCGCGAACGCGAACGCUCAGAACAACAGCACCGUGGCCUCCAACCCUCCGGCGCCGCCCUCGGAUUCCACCGCCGCUUCGGUGUUUGAUCCGGCGAACCUCCCCCGCCGCGCCCUCUUCCACGAGACUGCACUGAAGAUACAAGGAAUGAUGGUUGCGCUGGAAGAGAAGAACCACCUCAUUGCGACCGCCAACGACGCCCUACAAAAGCAGCUGUCGCGCAUUGAAAGCAUCUGGCCCCACCUGGAAGCCGAAUUCAGCGACGAGGCCAAAUGGGGCAGCACGACACACUGGGCCUAUGUGGAAAACAGGCAAGCAAAGGCCAACGAUAAGCAAGCCGAGCGCUCGCGGCGCGAAGGCGCGGCCACUCUCUCUGCUGCCGCCCAGCAGCUGGCUGAGGAGGCCGCCGCCCGCAGCAACGACAGGAAGCAGGCCCUGGCAGCCAAGAAAAACGCAAAGAACCACGCUGCCGAUGGUGUUGAUGGCGACAAAGCGCAAGAGUCUGGAAAGAAAGCCCAAGGCGGCGGCAAGUCGAGAAAACCGCUGCCGGACUCCGGGCCAGUCGGCCUCGGCAUCAGGCCGGCCCCCGCCGGCACUGCUCCGCCAAACAAGAAACGCAAGGUCGAGGCGGCAAAGCCCAAUGGAGGAGCCGUUGCCGAGCGGGCGAUGAGCACCGUCUUUGGCAACAACGCGUCGAAACAGAGGACCACAAGUCCAAGAGAGACUCCGGCUCCCGAGAACGGGCCAAAGAAGCGCAAGGCGCUCCCGACGUCGAGCAACCAGGCGAAGAAGAGGCAGGUGGCCAACACAGCCUUGUCUCCGUCUGUUACAUCGUCCCCGGUCAUCGGAACGUUCCCCGAUCCCGUCAAAGCUGGGAGGGGCUCGCCUGCCCCGUCAGCUGUCGGCCCACGACCUGCCUCGUCUCGCGCACGCCAGAACUCUAUACAGUCGAAUGUCGAAAACGCUCGACAGCGGCCUCCAUCCACCGCCUCCAACAAGCCGAACGGAAACCCCCAGGAAACCCCAGAUCCAAAUCAGCCUAGUAACGGCGCGAAUACAGACUCCAAGGCGCAGAAGGAGGCACCUCUGUCCGUUGUGGACAAGCCAGACCCGUCGAAGCCAGAGGCCGAAGAGCCCGUUCCCGCGCCGGAGCCAACACCGAACGGCAGCAGGAAGGAGAGCGCCGCGAAACCAAACGAGGAGCGCGAGCAGCCAAAGAAGGAGGCCGCCUCGCUGGCCAUCCAACCUGCACCAGCGCCCAUGGUUAAGACGAAGAGCGGACGCGCGAGCAAGCCCUCCACGCCAGCCAUCGCAACGUUUGCCGAAGCGGCCUCGAGCAACGUCACAGCGACGACGACCACCUCGAGGUCCAGGCCAUCGCGCAACGGUGAGAGCGGCGCCAGCUCCACCACAAGCACGGCAACGACCAACAGCACUACAACACCCAACAACAGCAGCAGCAGCACCGCCACCGCCGCCACCACCAACACCACCAGCAGUAGCGGCGCCACGGCAAAACGAAGCCACAAAAAGGGCGCGUCCGUCUCCGCCACUGCCGCCGCCGUGGCCCAAGCAGCGCAGCAAGCGGGCGGCGCCUCAGCAGCAGCAGCCGCCGACAGGGAAAAGGAAAAAGACAAGGAAAGAGAGCCCUCCACCGCGAAGAAGGACAAGGACAAGGACGGCGGCAAUGCCCGCCACCAAAACAACCACCACCGCGGCCGCGCCGACGUCGAGAACGAAGACGAAGACGAGGACGACGACGAGGACGGCCAGGACAACGCGGACGAGGACCUCUACUGCUACUGCAACCAGGUCAGCUACGGCGAGAUGGUGGCGUGCGACGGGGAGGGCUGUCCGCGCGAGUGGUUCCACCUCGAGUGUGUCGGGUUGAAGGUCGCGCCCAAGGUGAAUGCGAAAUGGUACUGCGAGGACUGCAAGAAGAGGUUGAAGAUUGCCGAGCGGAGAUGA